AUGGAAGAAAAGUCUCCUGAAAACACUGCUGUCGAGCAAAUCUCCGACACACGUCACAAAGAAAUCCAGAAUGCCGAAGACUUAGCCACCCAAAAUUCAUACGCUGCAAAGGCUGACGAUUCGGAUGGGCAUGUGCCCAUGACUCCGCGUCGAUUCCUGGCCAUGGCGUUCCUGUACAUGUCCUUCGCAGGUAAGUCGCCGACAUCCACAUCCGAAGUUUUGAAGGUUGACCGACUGGGUGUUGCAGGAGCCAAUCUGCCGCUCUUUUUCACCGUUGGCUCUCUGAGUUAUAUUCAGAAGGAUGUCGGCAAUCCGGCAACCCAAGGCUGGGCGGGAACAACCUACGGAAUUGCGGUGGCGGCUCUGAUCCCCUUCUGUGGCUAUCUCCAAGAUCUCUUUGGACGCCGAUACUUCACCGUGUUCGGGUGCUUCAUGAUGUGUCUCGGGGCCGUGGUGGAGGGAACGGCACAUUCCUUCACUCAACUCAUCUUCGCACUGGUUAUCUCUGGAUUCGGAGCUGCUAUUGUCGAGCUCAGCUCCGUGGCAGGCAUCGCAGAGGUCGUGUCGGUGAAGAACCGAGGCCUGGCGUUAUCCCUUCUCACAGGCUUCAUACUCCCCUGGGCUCCGUAUCAACUCUAUUCGGAGUUGUUGGCGUCCCAUACAACGUGGCGGUGGACCAUGUGGAUCAAUUUAAUGUACAAUGCACUCUGUUUCGUGGGCGUGCUCUUCACUUACUUCCCGGAAUCUCACCACCGGGCCGAUGGUAUUGGCAAAAUUGAAGCUUUGAAGCAGCUGGACUUUAUGGGAGGCUUUCUAUCCCUGAGCUCGGUUGUGCUCUUCCUGUUUGCGCUCCAGAGCGGAGACAGUCUAUAUCCUUGGGCCAGCGCCAAGGUUCUCGUCCCCUUGAUCAUCGGAGUCCUGUUGGCCUUUGUAUUCGUGGUGUGGGAAGUGAAGGGCGCAAAGUAUCCCAUGGUCCCGGCGUCCAUCUUCCAAGGACAAAGAAUCGUGGGUCCGGCGCUCGUCCUCUCGUUCACCAUCGGCAUGGAUCUCUAUGCCGUGCUGACCUUCAUGCCCUUGGCAUUUGGUGCAAUCUACGAUAGCGAUCCGAAGAGCAUUGGCAUCAAGGCACUCGGCUACGCCUUUGGCCAGACACUGGGGGCCACGGUCGGAAAUAUUAUGAUGACGCUGAUCAAAACCCACCAACGGGCGAUUCUGGCGAUCGGCUGCGUGUCAAUGGCGACGUUCAUCGCAUCUCUGGCUUUAAUGAGCCCGGACAAUGUCCAUACGGCGGUUGCCCUGACCACUUUGGCUGGGUGGUCCGUUGGCUGGGUCAUUAACCCACUCAACACCGUAGCACUGAGCGGGACACGCGAUCUGUUCAUCGCCACGGUCAUCGGCCUCCUGCUUUCCACGCGCUAUCUUGGAGGCUCGAUCGGAUACAGCAUCUAUUACGCCGUUUUCACGGCCAAGGCGAAGAAGAAGUUGCCGAACUACGUCGCGGCCGCUGUGGCCAAAGCGGGCCUGCCGCUCACCGAGAUUCAGCAAUUCGUGGGCAUUUUCCUGACCAACCCUGAGGCGAUUUCCGAGGUGAAGGGCAUCACCCCCUCCAUCAUCCAGGCUGCCACCGCGGCAUCGAAAUCCGCGUAUGCGGACAGCAUGAAAUUCGUAUGGUACACCAGCAUACCGUUUGGCGUUGCCUGCGUCAUCGGGGUUUUGGUGAUGAAGAGUACCACCAAGUUCGUGACGAACCGAGUCGCGGCGCGGCUCGAAUAA